AUGUCGGAGGUGCUGGUGGCUGCCGCUGGCUCCUGCUUCGAGCCCCCCGCGGCUGGGGAGCCAGGAGGUCGCCGCUGCUCCGUGCCCGAGGGGGACGCGCAGGGCCGCCGCUCACCUCCUGUUCCGCCUUCUGAGACUCCAGAGAAUGAAGAUUCAACCCCAAAACCAGAAUCUGCAUCCCAGACAGUUGCCUCAUCAGUGUCCGAGGCCUCACAGUGCAGGCCGCCGAUUGGAUCACCUGUGAAUGUGCAUGCUGCAGAGUAUUCUAGAAAAGGUGAUGGUACAUCAGAGGACCAGGAUGUGGCCAGACAAGGAGAGAAGCUGGCUGACCAGAUUCAGCCCCCCAGGGAGCACUUUGGAAAAUCAGCAGCUGUGCAUGUGCUGUCAGGAGGAAGGAGUGGUGCGCUCCAGCUGGAUAGCGAGGCCGUAGUGCGGAUGACCAAGUACCGUGCCCCACAAGGACCAGGGGAUAUAGUUAUGAUACAGUCGGAACACACAGGUGCAGUGGAUGUCCUCUCUGCAGAGCUGGAGACUACAGAUCUCCUUGAUGAGCAGAGAAAAGCUCAGCCUCCUCCUCUGGUUCCACCCUCCACUUGGACCACUUGCAAGAUAAGGGAAUUCAAAGCCAAAAUGGGAAAGGAGAAGAAUGCUCAGAUGGUGGUGAAACGGGGUGAAGUAGUGACAGUCCGGGUGCCAACACACCCAAAUGGGAAGCGUGUUUGCUGGGAGUUUGCUACAGAUGAUUAUGACAUUGGCUUUGGGGUCUAUUUUGACUGGACUCCUGUCACCAGUACUGCCAUUACUGUGCAAGUCAGUGAAUCAAGUGAUGAGGAAGAUGAAGAGGAGGAAGAUGAGAUUGAAGGACUCACCCCAGUUGGAGAUGUGGAGAGGGGCUCUAAAAGCUAUCUACGAAAUCGCUAUGGGGAGAUCAUGCCUGUGUACCGAAGGGACAGUCACCGGGAUGUGCAGGCAGGCACCCAUGACUACCCGGGCGAGGGCAUCUACCUGCUCAAAUUUGACAACUCCUACUCCCUCCUGCGCAACAAGACUCUCUUCUUUCAUGUCUAUUACACCAGCUGAAGGAGUGGAGGGAGCGGAGACAGCAGGCAGGUAACACUGAGUAACGCAGGCUGCCAGCCGGGACUGGCACCCCCUAACUGGCACUGCCCUAUGACCAAGUGACACCUGACUCUCUGUUCUUAUCCACAGGAGAGCAGGGUUUUCCCCCCAUUCCCUCCUAGCUUACUCACAGGAAACGGUAGCUGUGGCUGCUCAGUUGUCCAAAGGCAACUCCUCUUGCUCUAAAUUUCAGGAAGCCUGCUCUGUGCAGGCAUCAGGCUGGGACUUUUCAUUACAGCCAGUAAAUUGUCAGAGGGUAGAUUCAGGUGGUAGCGUUUCUUUCUAUUUCACUUGUAUGAACUGAAGCUGAAAUACCCUUUUAUUAAAAAAAAAAAAAUCCUCAAAGUCUCCUGCCACCUCUGGAUCACCAGGGGGUAACUGCCAACCAUGCUUUGCUAGGAGGCAAAACCACUUGUACCACAGGCACUCUCCAGCUGCAUCCUAGCUGCACUGCUGUGCUUCACACACCAGCCAAGCCUCCAGUAAUCUGAGUGGGGACUCAUCCCUCCAACUACCUGAGUUGCAGCCUGCAUCCUCUGAUCCCAUUCGUGGUGGUGUAGUUAUGUCACAAGUGCCAGACCCAAUCAUGUGAAACCUUUAUUUUGGAGCCUUGCAGAGGUAAUCAAUAGGAAGAUCUCCAUAGGAAAGGGAAAGUAGGUAUGGAUAGGGAGGUGGAUACAGAUCAUUCUGACAGUGGGGAUGUGUGAAACUCCUGUCACCAAAAAUGUCUCUUACCUGUGGGGAAAAUUGAGCUGCAGCCUCUGUGUUAAUGUAAAACUGUUAACGAUCCCAGGUCAAACACUUUGAAUCUGAAAAAUAUGGGAUCAUCCUUUCCCUUAUAUACCUGCUUGGAGUUAGUGAGUCCCUGAAGUCAUUGCUAACUCCUAACCUAUUGAGGAAUGCAGCUCCCUGGCCCACCUCAGGGGUUAGUAAUGGCAUUAGUGGUCAGCCUCUGCUCAGCUCUUGGCAAGAAUAAGCAAGGAUCACAUUAAUCUGUCAACAGUUGGGUUUUAAAGGGUAUUUAUUUGUAACUUAAGAUUUGAAAUGAGUAUUUAUUUGAUUUUUAUUCAAUAACAUUCUCAUUCAAUGUA